GUAUUUACAUAUGAUUUGUGUAUUAUCUGUGAUUUUCUUAAAUUUAUUUUAAGCUGCACACUUUUGUUUUGAACGUGCAGCACAAUAGUAGUAGAGUUAACAAUAGAUUAAUAUUUGAAAAAAAUGUUGAAUGGAAUAGUCGCUGAACCCUCUGUAUACUUCUUUGAGGGUGUAGAGAAGCUUUUGGAAAUUUGGUUCGAAGAUGAUGAUAACGACGAAUGUGACUUGAGGAAAAUACCAAGAGCUAACUGGGAAACAUUACUGCAAUCAGUAAAAUGUGAAAUCAUAAGUUUUACCAAAAAUGAUGCCAUAGAUGCUUAUGUUUUAAGUGAAAGUAGCAUGUUCGUUUCGAAGAAACGCUGGAUUUUAAAAACAUGCGGCUCCACAACACUGCUGAAGAGUUUGAAACCGCUGUUAGAGUUGGUGCCACUGUACGGUUUCACUGAAAUAACCGAUUUAUUUUAUUCGCGAAAGAAUUUCUCACGCCCGGAACUGCAGGCAUUCCCACAUCGUGGUUUUUGUGAAGAAGUCGAGUAUCUGGAUACAGUCUUCGAAGAAGGCCGUUCAUACUGUUUGGGUUCAAUCAACAGAGAAUGCUGGUAUUUGUAUACUUUCAGCAAAUAUAAGAAGGAAGUGACGCGACCACGCAAACUCGAUAAUUCAGAACCAGAUCAAACGAUUGAAAUUUUAAUGCAAAAUCUAGACAAUGAGGUAAUGGGCAAAUUUUCCAAAGAAAAAUACGAAACCGGCGCGGAAGUAACAAAGGCUACAGGCAUAGACAAAUUAUUGCCGAAUAUGGUAAUUGAUGAUUUCCUAUUCGAUCCAUGUGGUUACUCAAUGAAUGGCAUUGCAGAUAAGGGCGAAUAUAUGACUAUACAUAUAACACCAGAGAGCAAUUUUUCGUAUGUUAGUUUUGAGAGCAAUGUGUCUAUGAAUAAUUAUGCCGAACUUAUAAACCGUGUGGUGAAAACUUUCAAACCGGGCAAAUUUGUGGUCACAAUUUUUGCAAAUAAGGCAUCACCGGCUUAUGCUACCAUAAAAGAGUUGGAACUCGAAUAUGCGGAGAAGACCAGCUGGAAGCGCUCGAAUAUGCAGUACUGCAGUUUUCCAUUAUACAAUUUAUUAUUCGCACAAUAUUGUCAAUGUCCUUGAGUUUGUUGACAUACCACAUACUACUUAAAGCACUACUAGAAAAUCUCCAAUAUAUUUUUAACUACAGGACAUCAGUAAGCUUAUUUCUGUUCAAUUAUGUAAUAAAUAAUAAUAAAUUAAAAAAAAAAAAAUAAAAUAAAAUCUAUAUAAAAAUU